UGAGGGAACGACUGUUUAUAACUGCUAUUACAUAAGUCAGAACAGGAACUAACCUGUUAUGGUAAAAUUAUUGUUAUUAUUAUUAUUAUUAUGCCUAGUAUUUUGGAAAUGUCUGUCCGGUUACUGUUUAAAGGUUACCCCAGUUCACUGUUAGCUACCUUUCGAAACAGCACUGAUUAUAUUCAUACAGUUGCACAACAGCUUUGUGGGAAAUGUUUAUUUUCUACUUGUCUUGACUUGCACUCGAGAUCGGAAAUCUAUCUGGAAAUUCUGGAACGACAGACAGGCGAAGCGAAAUGAAAUCAUUUAGAGGAGGGAGAGAGACACAGACUACACUGCUAAAAGGACAGGAGAUUAAAAACCCACACGUGCUUUAAAGAUGGCCAACGCUCCUAUACCGCUCACUAAUGUGGGAAGUGGCUACACCAUCGUCACUCAAGUUAUUCCCUCAUCAACAGCCCCGACUACAGCGGAACAAAAUUCCUCUCAGACACUCAGCCCACUGCGGAAAUUCCUGAAAGGAGAACCCAAAGCGCUGGGAACCGUCCAAAUAAUGAACGGUUUCUUGAUGUUGCUGCUUGGUAUUGUGUUAGUGGACUCCACACAACAGAGCUUUGUGUAUUUCGGAUUCGCAUUCUGGGGCUCUUUCCUUCACAUCUUGGCUGGUGUUCUGACUGUGUCAGCGAGUAGAAAGCUUCAUUUCUGUGGGGUGAAGGGUGCUAUGGCAAUGAAUAUUCUUAGCGCCAUAACUGCAGCAAUCAGCAUCAUUACACUUUCCCUGGAUUUGAUGUUUAUCGGGAUGGUCUGCUACAGUUAUGAUUGCAGGAGUAGCUACACGACUAUGAGCCGUACCAGAGGAAUCACUGGCGUUCUGCUGGUUUUCUCUUUGCUCCAGUUCGCCGUCUCUAUUGCCAUCUCAGCUUUUGCCUGUAAAGCCACAUGCUCGAAUGAACCUACUCUGAACAUCAUCAAUGUGGUUCCAAAUCCUGAGGGAUAUGUUCCCGUGGACAACUCCUUCCCAGCACAUCACACUCACCCGGGAAUCAGUACAAUCAGCACUGUUGCCAUGAACAGCCCACCUGUAGGAAGCCCUCCAGCAUACAGCUAAUAAAAAGCGAAUCUGAUAACUGAAGAAAAUUUAAAUAAGAAACUUUUUUGAAAACAUAUAUACAUAUAUGUAGCAUAUUUAUGAUGGUAUGUAUACAGUAAUUCACAAAUACCUUCUGUAAUAAAAUUUAUAAUACUAAAAUGUUUCUACUUUAUGAUAAAUUUAACAAUAAAAUAACAACAUUUGGAACUUUUCAAUUUUGUCACA